GAGAGAGAAUAACAGGACCCAAGAGAAACAAGUGGUGCACAACCCCAUUACUCACCACCCAAUGACUGAUGCCCAGCGUGUCCCCAGGCAUUCAUCAGCCCCUUCCAGUUAAAACCCCCAGUUAUAUUCUGGGCAGGGUGUUCUGUGGCAUAGACUAUCCCUUUGGCUAGUUUGGACCAGCUGUUCUGGCCAUCCUCCCUCCUGGAUUCCUGUGCAGCUCCUCAGUGGCAGACCAUGGGCAGCAGAAAAGUCCUUGUCUUGGAGUAAGCCACUAAACAACAACUCCAACAAGUCUGUGUUAUCAGCCAGCACUGUGCUGGCUACUACGAAGAAAAUUAACGCAGUCCUAGACAGAAUCAGGACAGCAGUUGAUUGCUUCCUCCCCCUCCCCUGCUUCUGACAACUCAGCACAUGGAGCUCGAUGACAUCACAGACCUUGGAAUGUUGGUGGUUCCAGUUGUCCCCAGAGCCAAGAUGCAGAGGUAUGUGUCUCUGCUGAACAUUCCGGUGUUCUAAACAGAGGGAUUUGGGUGGCCACAACAAGCAUUGCUGAGGCUGCAGAAGGCAGCACGCUGCUUGUCAGUGUCAACAGCCUGUAUGGCCUGCACUCCAGGAACACAGUUUGGAUACUCCUGCUUACUGCAGCUGAGAGCAUCCUGAAAAAUGUCACGGCCAGCUCGCAUCUUUGGGCUAAUGAUGAUGGUCUACCCAGAAUCUCAAGGCUUGCUAGGUGAUGCCAACGAUGGUGGUGAUGAUAACAGUGAAGAAUCAGGGAAUUCCCGCCCUUCUGACCCUCUUCCACCCUCGUGCAAGAGCAGUAACAGCACAGAUGAAAAUAAGACAGAGAAUCUGGAAGAACCCAAAUCUCCCCCAACUCCUGAAGACUCUUACAUGGUGAAAGAGAAACAGGUGGGGUUGUCCAAGCAUGAGCUUGAGAAGGAAGAUCGGGAGUUUCAGGAACCAUUUUACAAAGACAUGAGAACGUCCGACAGCUUGGCUGGAGAUGAGAAGCCCAGCCCGACCUACCACCUUCCUGGGCACCUGACGUUGCCUGCCCCCCAAAAGGCUGGUACAGCACCAAGUGGCUUCCAUGACCCUCUCCAGCACAGCUCAGGCCAGCACUUGGGGACAGAGGCCGCUGGCACGCAGGCCCAUGCCAGUGCCCAUUACGUGGGGCUGCCAGAGAGCAGCACGGGAGCGGAGCCCCACGUGCUGCGCGGGGAGGGCGGCGAGGACAGCAAGGACAGAGAGCCCCGGCCCCUGCGGCCCACCUACGACUCCCUGUGGCAGGAGAACAACAUCCUCAGGUCAGAGUACGGAAUGCUCAGGAAUGCGAACGUCGUGCUCGAGGCGGAGAAUUUCACACUCAGGCAGGCGUUCAAACAGCUCAAGAAGGACAGGGCUGUGGUCAUGGGGCAGGACGUCGUGCUCAGGGAGGAGUACAACAUGCUCAGGGAACAGUAUGACAGGCUCCAGGGAGAGAAUGCUGCACUCAGGAAGGACAACGCCAUGGCCGGGAGAAUGUUUAACAACUUCCAGAACAACUUGAAGAGACAGGCGUGCGUGGUGGCGAGCCUGAAGGAUCAGCUGAAGAUCAGCCAGGCUGAACGAGAGAGGGAAGCCCAGGAGCUCCAGUCCUUAGUCCGGCAGACUGAGUGUUAUCUUCAGCUCACAACCCAGCGCGCUCUGAAUGCCGAAACAAACGUGGAGAGGCUGAAGCAGCAGAUCUUUAUGCUCCAAGGACAGCUGGAGAGAUGCAAGCUGGAGAAUGAAAAGCUGAGACAGACUGGCCUGGAAGCACUGAAGCACAACUUGGACUUCACCAGGCAAAACUCCCACAAGCUCCUAAUGGGCAAUGAUGCCUCCCUCAGGCAGUUCCUGCCUCAGAAAUUCUGCCCAUUGUUACUGAGGUCCUUGAAUCCACCAGAAAAAUUCCCAAAUUUUAAGCAGAGAAAGAUCUAUGAGUGCAGUUCUGCGUGAGUUCCAUGGAUCCGUGCAUGGUCCGAGGCCAUCGUUCUCUCACUUGUAACCAU